GAUCUAGACUCAUGACUGGCAUCUUCCUCUCACACCUGGACACUGCGCUCUGAACUUAUCUCUCUCUCCUCAGCAGCACCAGAAAUCUACCUGACCCCAGGGGUGCCUCAGCAGCAAUCCUCAAAGCUGAUUCUUCUUAGAGAGAGAUGAAGAUACUGGGCCAGGUUGCUUUCUUGCUCUUGCUCGGGGGAAUCUGGUGUCAGAAUAACCGCAAUACCAAAGCCGGUGGCAAGACCACAAAGAAAUCUAGUGGGAACCAAGGACGUGAUGUUGACCAGUCUCCCCCUGUGGCUGAUGCUACUCCUGGAAGCACUGGGAGCACCAGAGGCGCUGGAGGCUCAGCUGAAUCAGGACAGGAGGCUGCUGCAGGAGCUCGAGCAGCUGGACAACAGACAGAAGACAUGAGGCUCCACUUCCUCAAGAAUACCCAAGUUACAUGUAAUGAUGGAACAGCAGCAGGGUUUUACCUAAAGGAGUUCAGAGGAAGCCGCCGAUGGUUGUUAUUUCUGGAAGGUGGCUGGUGCUGCUACAGCAAAGAGACCUGCGAUUCCAGGUACCAAAAUAUCCCCCGACUAAUGAGCUCAUCAGGGUGGCCCCAAACUAAAAGAGGAAGUGGAAUAUUGUCCUCCCAAGCAGAGGAAAACCCCCACUGGCAUAAUGCAAACAUUGUAUUCAUCCCAUACUGUUCCAGCGAUGUAUGGAGUGGCACUGGCCCUGCCCCAACACCCCCUCCAAGACCACGGCAAGGCAGAGAGAAAGACAGAGAUAGAAAUACAAAUGCAACUGAGUAUAACUUCAUGGGCUCCCUGAUCAUCCGAGAGGUCAUCAAAGAUCUCAUCCCCAAAGGAAUCAAGCAGGCCAAGGUUGUCAUGCUGUCUGGCACAAGUGCUGGUGGAACAGGUGUUUUGUUAAACAUUGAGAGGGUGGCUAAUCAGCUGGAACAGCUCGGUGCAGAGGCUCAGGUCCGAGGCCUGGUGGACUCUGGCUGGUUUCUGGAGAGCAAGCAGCAGAGAUCACCGAACUGCCCCGAGACAGUCUCCUGCUCACCUGAAGAUGCAAUCAAGAUAGGACUCAGGCUGUGGAAUGGGGUUGUGCCUGAUAGAUGUCGCCGGCUCUAUAAGAGAGGGGAGGAAUGGCAGUGCUUCUUUGGUCACAAACUAUACUCCACCUUGACCUCGCCUCUGUUUGUCGUGCAGUGGCUGUUUGACGAGGAGCAGCUCAGAGUGGAGAACAUCUACAUGGGAGGACAGAGUCUGUCGGAGGAGCAGUGGCAGUACAUCCAGAACCUGGGCUUGGAGCUCAAAAACUCCCUGAGAGAUGUUACGGGUGUCUUUGCUCCAUCCUGCCUCUCCCACACUGUAAUUACUAAAAGCAACUGGAUGACUUUCCAAGUUAGAGGCACCUCUCUGCCGAGGGCCCUGCAAUGCUGGGACAGGAGUCUGGAGGCAACACGCAACAACAGGACCCCUGCCAAAGGUUGUCCUUUCCACCUGGUGGACACCUGCCAGUGGCCCCAGUGCAACCCCACCUGCCCAGCCUUGGUGGACCAGGCCACCCAGCAGGAGCUUACCCUGCUCCAGAUGCUGGUAGCCAUGGGCCUUGACCUCCAGAAGCUGGACUUGGAUCCCCAGGGAGAUGCAGAUUCUUUGGCCAGCAUGGUCAGCAAUGGUGGCUAAGUGUCAAAAUGGAAGAGAUAUUAGAAGAUAGCCAAACAAAGGCUUAGUAGAUGAAAAAAAAAAAAAGUUGAAUAUUUAAUGUAACCAUAGAAAUCCUGCAAAAAUCUGGUUACUAUGUCUUGUGCUGCUCAGCAUUCCAUUAUGCUCCACAUGUCUGUUAAAUUUGUGGCUGGUGGGUAUGUCGCUGCGUCUGGGUUUGAGUGGUUUAGCGGGCCCUCUACUGGACAUCAGAGGAAAGAGCUUUCGGACUAAACCAAAGUUGUUUGAACCGUACCGGUCAAAGAGCUUUGAGUUUUAGCAGAUGACUGGACAUAACCUCCUACAACACACUUUCAUCCUCUACAGGAACAUUUACCAUCAGAGCAUUGUAGUAGAGUUUUAAUGAGUAGAGACUCCACAAACUAUCCGAGGCACAAACAUUUUGUUUAGAUGAGACAAAUAUACAUUUGUGCGCCAUAUUGUAUAGCAUUUAAAUUGGCUUUGAAUAAAACAAUAUUUGUACUCUUACUAUUUAACAGUCAUCUGAUAUUAUAGGACCUUAUUCGUUAUGUGCCAAAUUUUGAUCAUAUCAAAAAUAACUUAAAAGUCAGCUGUUUGCCUGAUCGGAGAAAAAAAACACAAAAAACUGCAUUCAUACUGACUCAGUAAUUUUUUGCACACACAUUUUGAAGACAAUGCUGAUAUUCAGUCUUUAGCUCCUGAUGCUAUGCUAACAUAUAUCUUAAAUAUUAUCUAUAUAUCCAUAUUUUCAAUGCAUGCAAGACAGAACCGUGAUGAGUUAUUGACAUAUUUCUGUGUUGGCAAGCAGAACACAAUAAUUGCCUCACUAAAAUAGUUUGCUCUUAUUUGUAGUGGGCAAUAUAUGUAGAAAAAAAAAUCCAAAGCACAUAUUUGACAUGGGAAGUCUUCAAAAUAAAGAUAACGCUGUGGUCAUUCACUGCUCAGUUGGGAUAGCCUAUAUCUAUUGACAUAAUACAGACUAUUUGUAUUGCAGUCCUUUCCGUGUUGUCAAACAUGCUUUCUUCCAUUAUGCCGUGCUAGUUUUGCCAGGCAUUUACAGAUGUUACUGUAUGUUUUAUUUUCAUUUAGGUACUGUAAUAACUGAGCUGCUGCACAUGUUAAAACAGGAGAAUAAAAAU